AUGGCUGACUCCAAAAACGAUAAAAGUCUCGGUUAUUCCAACAAUUUCUUCGAGGCCAACGAUGUUAUAAAAAUCGUACCCGGUUUAUGGCGUCCCGGAAGUGACAAACCGCUAUGGCUGCGCUUACUAUACUUUUUCUACGUCAGUUUUAUCUACUUCAACGGUUUCGCUUUCAUCCUUUGUGAGUAUCUGAUUUUCAACGACAUAUUGAAAGAUAUACCGAAAUUGUUAAGCUACAUCGGUAUGUGUUUAACACAUACUUUGGGAGUAUUCAAGAUGGGUAUAUUCGUUUUUGGUCAGGAGAAAAUCGAUAAGAUCAUGACGAAUUUGCAGCAUGACGAUUUUAAGUAUGUGUCGUUGGAUGAAAAUGGACCCAGCGCGAUGUUUUUGGAAGAGAAAAGAAUUAGCAACCGAAUAGCUUACUGGAUUUUUGGUAUGUAUUGGUUCGUCGGUUUAACCGCUCAUGUAUCAGCGUUGUUGACAAUGCAAAAGGAAAUUCCAGGCGAUACGUUCGAAGGCACAAACAAAACUUGUUAUGAUUUCAUGCCCUAUUUUUUUCGGAUACCGUUUCCAACCGAAACGAAACGUGCUUGCAUUGUGGCCUCGACGUUUAUGGAUAUUGGUCUUAACGUAUGGGCUUUCGUCAUUUCUUACUACGACGGUAUAUUUGUAGGACUAUUAAAAUGCUUCAAAAUUCAGCUGGUAAUAGCAAAUCAUGUAAUUUCCACAAUUCGUCAACGUAGUUUGAGGAAACUAAAAAUGCCUGAAAAUAUGGAAAUCAUGCAUGACGAAGAAUAUCCGGAAUUGGAAAAUGAAAUGUACUCUCAAUUGAAACACGUUAUUGAACAUGUACAAUUGUUAUUAGGGAUCGUCCUGAUUUUUGUCAAGGGUCAUCCGAAAAUGGCAGUGAUUCAGCUUAAUACUGAUAAUUAUCCUGACGACUUUUUCGCCACCAAUGAUAUCAUCAGGAAAAUUACAGGAACGUGGAAACCAAGCAAGGAAAAUUCUUUCACAGUUAAAAUCUGUUACUUUUCCUACCUUUUUUGUCUAUAUGGUACAGGAUUUUGCUUCCUAAUCUGCGAAUUGUUAAUCUUCAACGAAACUGUAACGCAAAUUAAAAAGCUUAUCAGUCAUAUUGGAAUGCUUUUCACGCACGUCGUUGGAAUUUUGAAAUUUUGCAUUUUGGUGUUCGGGCGUAAGCGGAUUUUGAAAAUCAUGGAUACCUUACAGGAUAGCGAGUAUUAUUACGAGGCUGUGGCGGAUUUUUCGCCUGGUCUCUUUCUUACUAUGGAAAAGAGUACCAGCUCGAAAUUUUCUAUUUUGGUAUUCAUUAUGUACAGUUUCGUUGGUAUAUCGGCACAUAUAUCAUCAUUUCUCAUAAUCAAUGUUGAAAUUAAAGGUGAUAACUUCGAAGGCACCAAUAAGACCUGUCAAGAUUUCAUGCCGUAUUUUUUCUAUAUACCUUUUUCAACAGAUACAAAAUGGCAAUGCGAAUUUGCUUUCUUAUUCAUGGACGUUGGGUUGGGAAUAUUCGCAUGGGUUAUAGCAUGCUACGAUGGAGUAUUUGUGGCUUUGUUGAAUUGUCUUAGAUGCCAACUUUUGAUCGUUUGUAAUGUUUUUAAAACUCUGAGGAUUAGAAGUUUAAAAAAGCUCCAGCUGCCAUUAAAUUAUAAAACGUUUUCUGAUAAUGAAGAACCUGCACUGGAACACGAAAUGUACAAGGAGCUAACGCAUUCAACACAGCAUUUAAAAAUAUUACUUGGGGUUAGAGAUGAUAUCGAAUCUAUGUUUACAUUCGUAACUCUAAGCCAGACUUUAGCAUCUUUAUUAAUUUUCGCGUCUUGUUUAUAUAUUGCAUCCAGUGUACCGAUGACUUCACCGGAAUUUUUUGCCCAAAUGGAGUAUUUUUCUUGCGUUUUAAUACAACUAUCGCUAAUUUGUUGGUUUGGAAAUGAAAUAACUACAGCUAGCGAAUUAAUUCGAUUAUCUUUAUACGAAUGCGAUUGGUUAAGCAGCAGUGCCCGUUUUAAAAAUUCGAUGAUAUUAACCAUGAGCCGAAUGCAACGUCCUGUAUAUUUAUCAAUUGGUAAAUUUUCGCCACUCACCCUGGUAACUCUAGUAGCUGUAGGUAACGUGACAUUUGGAGGGAAAACAUAUACAGAAUUAGAUGUGCAAGUAAGGGAAAUUUUCAGGUUUAAAGAAAUUCAAGAAAUUAAUAGGAAUGAUUGGCGAAUUAUCGGAAAUUCGUGGGAAUUGACAAGAGUAGGGAAUUGCCAGAAGUUUACAGGUUUAAAGGUACUCAAUAAACUGAGAGAACUUGUGGGAAUGGAUAAAGAGUUACAGAGAAAUUUGAGAGAAAUAAAAAAAGAUAGCAAAAGAAAAUUAAUGAACGCCAUCUAA